AUGGCAAAAACCCUUUUUUCUCUUCAACAGGCCUUUGGGAAUGCAAAGACGACUCAAAAUGACAACAGCUCCCGGUUUGGCAAAUACAUACAACUUGAUUACACGAAGCAGAACACCAUCAUGGGUGCCUUCUUGCGCACUUAUCUCCUCGAGAAGUCUCGCGUCGUGUUCCAGGCGGAUAAUGAACGAAGCUACCAUAUCUUCUAUCAACUGUGUUCUGCUAGGAAUAGUGAAGAAAUGAAGCCUCUGAGCCUGGGUUUGACAAUAUCUUUACAUCAAGACCAGUUCCAUUACCUGAAUCAAGGUAAAAACUCCUACAUCGACGGCAUCGACGACUCAAAACAGUUUCAAGAGACAAAGACGGCCCUCAAUAUAUUUGGAAUCUUCCAAAAUCUACAAAUUCAGUUAUACCGGGUUCUGGCAGCUAUAUUGCACAUUGGCAACAUUACCAUAUUGGAUUCAAUAGAUGAAUCUGAGUCUUGUGGAAUUCCUUUUGCGUUCAUCGUGGAGUUCAUCAACAAGAACCUUACCCGUGGAUCUUCCCCUGCUCGCUUCAUUGGCAUCUUGGAUAUCUAUGGGUUUGAAAUUUUCGAUAGAAAUAGCUUUGAGCAGCUCUGUAUCAACUAUGCUAAUGAGAAGCUGCAGCAGCAGUACUGUCAGCGCAAAGAAGAUGGUAUUGAAACAACAGCGUACAAGCUAAUAAAACUAAAGUUUUACCACCCGCAAUCAUCACAAUUCAAUGUGACAGCCGAAAGUGACGAGAUCGAUAUCCAACUGAUGCUCAAUUUCAUUCCACACAUAUUGGGGCAUGUCCGAAAUUCCCUGCAGCAAGUGUUUGUAUUGGAGCAAGAAGAAUACUCGCGUGAGGAGAUAGACUGGAAGUCCAUCGACUUUUACGACAAUCAGCCCUGCAUCGACCUGAUCGAAGGGAAACCUCUGGGAAUCCUAUCAUUGUUGGACGAAGAGUGUCGGAUGCCGAAUGGCUCGGACAAGUCCUGGGUCGGGAAGCUUUACGACGAGUGCCAGAAGCAGCAGCACUUCAUCAAGCCAAAAUUUUCCAACUCUGCCUUUCUUAUUUCCCACUUUGCCGGCAAGGUGGAAUAUGAGUGCGAAGGAUUCCUUGAUAAGAACCGGGAUAUAGUGCAUGAAGAACUUAUUGAGGUGGUCAAAGACAGUGAUGAUGCAUACGUGGCAGAGAUGUUCCUCAGUGAAGAGGAGAGAUCAGGAAAAUCUAAGAAGAGACAAGCGCCCAUGCCACCAGGAACCUCUACGUCUAUCGGCAAGGCUUCAACAACCGAAGUCUCUCCUGCAUCAAAACAUCUCAAACAUACAGUGGGCUCGCAGUUCCGAGACUCCCUUAAUCAGCUGAUGAACGCAUUGAAUGCCACAACUCCGCAUUACGUGAGGUGUAUCAAACCCAAUCGAAACAAGAAUCCAUCCUUUUUUGACAAAGAACAUGUCACUCAGCAACUCCGAGCGUGCGGCGUGUAUGAGACGAUACGCAUCUCAACACUCGGCUGGCCCUACGAAGAGUUCUUCUUGCGGUUUCGAGUUCUCAUCAAUUCAAAAGAUAUUGGAUUCCUCGACUUGACGGAAGAUCCGUCAGUUUACAAAACAUCCUGCAUCAAAAUCAUUCAGAGGAUCAUGCAGGAUGAAGAGGCAUACAAAUUUGGGAAGACAAAACUGUUUCUCAGAGCCAAUGCCUUGGCAAACAUGGAAAAGUGUCUAUCAGAUCGCAUUCUCGCGUGCCACAUUCUCAUUCAGAAAAUUAUCCGGGGUUAUUUGUCUCGACGAAAGUACAAGCAGGUGAAGCAAUCUGUUCUCCUCCUACAAACAUUUGCGCGUGGAUUUCUUGCACGCCGCGGUAAAACUGCAUUUCUGCACACAUACAGACUGGCCAAGAAAAUCCGUCGAACACGAGCCGCCAUCAAGAUCCAGAAAAACGUGAGGGCUUUCAUUUGCCAGAGAAGAUAUCAGAGGCUGCGUGCUUCAGUCAUCCGAUUACAGACGCUCAUCCGUGCUCACAAUGCCCGUCUUCACCAUGGAAAAUUACUUCGCAAUGCCAAGGUUGUGGUGAUCCAAAGACAUUUCAAGGGUUAUUCAGCCCGUCGUAAGUUCAAACAUAUCAAGGAAACAGUACUCUUCCUCCAAACCUGUGGGCGUGGACUUCUUGCACGGAAGUUUACUUUCCUAUCCACAUCUAGAAUUGCUGAAGACAUCCGUCGAGAACGAGCUGCAAAGAAGAUCCAGAAAAUUGUCAGGACCUUCAUUUCUCAACGAAAGUACCAGAGACUCCGUUCUUGGGUCAUCCAAUUCCAAGCCUUCAUCCGUGGUCGCAAAGCACGUCUUCACUAUGGCACAUUGCAUCGCAGAGCCAAGGUCCUCAUUCACGUUUUAAUCUCAUGUGAAUACGUAUCAUAUUCCAUUUAG